AGCGAACCCCUGCCAGGACUCAGAACUUGUCUGUCUGUAACCCGACUCAGAGGGAGAAAGAAAAAAAAAAAAAGUUCCCCCAAGAUGGCGGCUGUGACAUUACUGAGGAGCUCGGCUGCUCCCGCCCGGCUGCUAGCAGGUACACUUCAUGCCCGCACCACAAGUAUAGGGGCAUGGCAGCAUUGUUGCAGCCGACGAAACUUUAGUAACAACAAAAUUCUUGUGGAGUUGGAUGAAGCAACAGGGGUGGCAGUUGUAAAAAUGAAAAGCCCUCCAGUCAACAGCAUGAGUUUGGAGUUUCUAACAGAAUUUUCCAUAACCUUAGAAAAACUGGAGAUGGACCGCGGCUGUCGAGGAGUUAUCCUGACCUCUGUUGUUCCCAAAAUUUUUUCUGCGGGUCUUGACAUCACUGAAAUGUGCGGUAAAAGUGCAGAGCACUGUGCCGCUUUCUGGAGAGCUCUGCAAGAAUUCUGGAUAAAACUGUACGGAUCCAACAUGAUGACAGUAGCAGCCAUUAAUGGUUCCAGUCCUGCUGGAGGCUGCCUCAUGGCAAUGUGUUGUGACUAUCGAAUCAUGGCAGACAGCCCAAAGUUUGCAAUCGGCUUGAACGAGACGCAGCUUGGUAUAGUCGCACCAUUUUGGUUCAAAGAUGUUAUGUCAAACGUAAUUGGUAAUCGCAUGACCGAGCAAUCUCUCCAGCUGGGACAGAUGUUUCCUGCCCCAGAGGCGCUGAAGAUAGGUCUUGUGGAUCAGUUGGUACCAGAAGAUAAAGUAGAGAGUGCCGCAGCUGCCGUUGUGACUCAAUGGCUUAAGGUUCCAGACCAUGCCAGGCAGCUCACAAAGUCUAUGAUGCGGAAGCAGUACGUAGAGAAGCUGGUGAGCCAAAGGGAAGCCGAUAUCAACAACUUUGUUAGCUUUAUCACAAGGGACUCUAUCCAGAAAUCUCUGCAGGCAUACAUGGACAGACUGAAACAGAAAAAGCAGUAAUCUGCAAAAGGCAGGCAGCACUGUAGAAAACCCAAAUUGUCCAUUGCAAAAUAAAAACGUAUGAUGUGAGCAAGAACAGAAUCCUCAACCUUUUACCACUGUGGCUUUUUCUGCAUCAGUUCCUGCUGUUAAAAAAUUGGAUCUUUUGUCUUCCAUAUGCUAACCUCCUACUUUAAAUUUCUAAUUCUAUUUAGACAAAUGACCUGGAGCCUUAAAGAUAUGUACUAUAGGUUGCUCCUAGCGCGACCUGUUUUCUAUGUUUGAUCUUUGAGUACACAGGUAUCGUCAAACACACACUUAUGUCAUUAAUAACAAUGAACUUAAUAAUUUGUGAUGAAUAAAUAUAUUGUACAUUUACA